UAUUUUGAGGAAGAGAUAAAAGACACCAAGAACUGGGACACUUUGCAUAGAUACCAUGAUGCUCACAGUCAACAAUUUGGAGAUGCAAACGAGGUCGACCAAUCCAACAUGGCGGAAAGCAGCUUCGAUAAGAAUGGACCAACGGCUUUUGACCAGAAUUCUUUUGCCCAAAUAUCGCACUCAGCUCCUGGGAUGGACACCACUCUUCCACAUGGCCUAGAGAACUGUAUUGAACGUAUUGGCCCGAACGUCCUAGGCCACAAAUCGAGGAACGAGUCUUCCCAGUCGUGUAUGUUCCAUCGCAGAUCCUUUUCUGGCGAAGAGCCCUCAUUUGCUCCCAUACUCUCUGUCCAACCACCCUCGUCGAGACACAGCAGUACACCUCCACAUAUUCCAAGUCAGCACUACGGUCCGUUUCUUGGCAGAUUUCGAACCUCGGAAGACGCAAAAGUAUACCGCCGUGAAAAAAUGCGUUUUGGAAGAAGGCCUUGGAGAGAUCCCGGUAGCGACCCUACAAUCACGGAGACUGAACACAACCGUGCUUUUCACGUAGAGCGCAUAUACAACGCCAUGAUUUGUGGAGAUUUUGCACGAGACAACGCGAAGUCUACCGCUUUGAAGAGAUGGGUUCACGAGCCACAUUACUCAUCGGAUCUUGUCGAAGCAUAUGCUCACAAGGUAUUUGAUUGCUUGCUUGAACAGGUCAAAAUGGGGUUUCGAGGCUGGAACCAAAAUGACUAUGUGAACGAUGAGAGAAAGGGCGAAGAUGACGACAAGGACAUUGACUGUGCAGGCCGUUUGGAGAACAUCAUUGCUGCACUACAGCAAGAAAAAUCGAUUUGUGAGAACGUCAUGAGUUCGGCCGGGCAAAUACGCAUGUUUGUGAACGCACCCAAGGCGUACGCUAAGCGCAAGGAUCAGAAUCGCGUAGGGAAUAGCAAGCGACCAAAUGCAAAAAGCAGUGAAGGCACAGAAGGUAAAUCACGUCCAUCAAAGAGGCGGAGAAACACGGUGCAAAGCAAACAGCCAGAACAGCGUUCACUGUUGACCGAGUCUGGAUUGUCGCGAGGCUCACUCCCUCGGCAGCAGCACCAGUCACAUUACCGGCCGGCUACGGAGAGGCCACCAGAACCAGGGUUAGCCGCACGGGAGCCUUCCAUUCAUUUUCCUUCUUAUUCACAUGGCGGUACCUUUGGAAACCAAGGGGCUAUCGCCUUGGCGUCAGCGACAUCAUCGAGGCAGGUUCCUCCGACUCCUCGGCAGGGAAGUCACUAUCACAUCGCAUCCAUGCCAGUGGUGCAGCAACCCCCCUUCUCCCCUCUGCCAAUCUCACCCAGGACCAUAACUGAGUCGCAUACACCAGACGAUGCGAGGCUAGCGACCAUAGUCCACAGCUACAGCGGGUGGAAGGGCGCGCCUCAGUCUGACUUUUCAUUCGACACAUCUCAACAGCUACACAAUGCCGAUUAUACAAUGAUCAGAGACGACCAACAACGUAGCCAGCCUUUUGCCGGUAGCAGUACGCCUAGAUACGACAAUGCGCUGGAUCAGCCUCCUCUUCCGAUGGGGAUAUGUCUCACCGACACGGACAUUAUUCCAUCACUUCCAACGGAGGAGUUACAAGACGACAUCUUUCAGCAGUAUUGGGCGCAACACCAUUCGGAUCUGCAACAAUCCCCG